UUAACAACUUAAUUAAUCUUUGCAUGUAUGAGUGAUGCUUUCUAUAUGAUCACAGCUACAUUAUUGUACAAAACACAAUUUUAUGUCAGCAGAGUGCUGCUGCUGAUGUAGGCCAGCCACUCUUAAAAUGUCAAAGCUCCGAUGCACCUGGUCUGGAGGGCUGUGGGUCCUGCUCCAGGGCUUCAUGGCUGUGAUGUGGGCCGCUGUCUGUCUAGGUCAGGGUUUCUAUGGGGGCGGCGUCCUGUUUAGCUGUGGACUGUGACACCUCCCUGUGUGGACGACUCCUAACGAAUGGUGUUUCCUCACUUGGUCAGUGCUCAGCCAUACUGUAUUUUAUCUUUGGCAGGGGUGGACUGGCCAUCUGGCAACCCGGGGGGCCAAUGCACAUCUUUGGGCCGGCCCAGGACUGUCAUAAUUUAAAAGAAAAAAGAAAAAAAAAAACAGGAUAUAGUUUUGUAUCUGAAACACAAAACGUGGCUCAUUGGUUGAUUUUCAUGAAGGACAUUGGGCUAGUCCAGUGAAAUCUCUCCGCUAUUGUUGGCGCAGCCCUCACAUCCCUCCUGAUGUUUGUCCUGGCGGGAGGUGGAGGGAGUGUGGUGGCUGUAGUCGAUGGACGGAAAGAAACAAAAACGGAGCAGAAAAUCUCAGGGGAAAAUAAAUACUUAAAGAGGAUGCAGCAAAAUGUGCUCAAAUAAGUGACAUGUUUGCUGCUACCACAAGCUCAGCGGUUGUCGCCGGGUCGAGUGCAGCAGUCCCGGACCUGGCGGCGAGUGCACAGGUGGUGGUGGUUGUUGGAGAGGUAGCGGAGGAGGAGAAGGAGGGAGAGUAUGAUGAUGAAGAGAGAGACGUGACCCAGCAGCAGCAGGACAGACUGAGGUCAGAGCAGCUACUGAAAUGUUAGGAGAAUCAACGUGGCAUCAACAAUGAAAAUGUUAUUGGAUGUAUUCGCUAAACAGUAUCUGGGGAAAUUGUAGGCUUAUAUGCAAAUGAUCAACCUAGGAAAUUAAUAUAGGCUACAUUACUAAUUUUAUUUAGUCAGACUUAAAACGUACAUAAUAAUAGCAGCUUGUAGGGUUUAUGUGCACACACACACACACACACACACACACACACACACACACACACACACACACACACGUAGGCUAAGAAAUUAUAACAGGACUUGUUUUCAGUCAGUAAGACUUAAAACGUUAUAAAAGCAGCUUAUAGGGUUUUUGUGCACAACCUUGUUCUAAUAAUGCCUUGAGUAGAUUUGGUGUCCAACUUACAGUAUUAUUUAUUUUAGCCAUAGAGCCAUAAAGUUAUAGUUUGCAGGUGUUGCUGCUUUCAGUUAUUAUCAUCACAUGAUAUCAGUGAAAUUUUGCCUCUCUGAAAUGGAUGAUUAAUCAUUGGUAAACAGAGAAGAAACACUAGUGACACUAACAUCCCUGCGUCUCUCUCUUUCUUACUGUGGGCCUAAUUGUCUUAUUUGUGUGAACUGUAUGUUUAAUUAAGCACUGAAAAGACACCUCUAGCAGUGUUUCUUUGAAAACCACUUUCACUUCAAGAUGGGAAUUGUGGAAUCUCCCCCAAGAAUAAGGUCUCUGUGAGCAGUGAAAGAGCGUAUCAAUUUUUUUUUAACAUGGUUACUCUCUUCCAUGUAGGCUACUGCACUUUAUUUUAACUUUUGAAACUUCACAAUGUGCACAUACAUCUUCUGGUACGGCGUGUGCUUACACAUAUCGUGUAAAUCACCAUGGUGGGCCGCCAGGGAUCAAAAAUGCCAGGGCCUGUUUUUUGGUCCCAGUCCUGCCCUGAUCUUUGGUGGGGGGCGCUGGUGGAGUAUGCUGUGUGUCAGUGUGCUCUAUGAAUGAAGUUUGACUGAUUGAUGCUAUGUUGUUAUCCUAGCAAACAAGUUUGAGAUGUGUUGUUUGCUGCUGGUAAUUUAUGUAAGUAACACAAACAUACACUUUUUACAUCAACUCAUAAGUUACGUGAAACUUGCCACAGAAUCAGCCCAGUACCAGUCCAUCCUCAGGCUCUACUGUGGGUAAUGUAUCCAGUGAGGGACAGACUGUCACCAUACAGUAUACAUUUAAUUACUACGUAUAAGAGGAAUUACACACAAAGUACCUCAUUAAUGUGUGUGUGUAUGUAUAUUUUUCAUCUUAUGUCCAUCUCUGUCCUCUACAGAGCUCUGUCUCACACCCUCAUCCUCUGUCUCCCACUGUCCCUUGUACUGUCCACUGUGUCCACUGUGGGGUAGCUCUGUGGAUAGUCUGAACUCUCCCUGUGAAUGUUGCAUCUGCAGAGCGGAGAUUUUCCAAGCUCAGAAUAAUAGAGAACUACUGGAGAUCUUCUGUGACACAAUAAAGACUGAGUGGACUGGCAGUGAUUAGUAUUAACAACAAAGUCGUCCAUCAGGUUUCUGACAGUGACGUCAUAAAUGACUCCAGGAAACUCAGGUUUUAAUGAGUGGGUGGAGCGUUGAGGAAGAACAGAGUAACAUUAAAAAAGUCAAAUGUGUGGAUCAAGGAGCACUAAGCAGACAGCUUCACCUCUACUUCACUGUCAGAGAUGGAGAUGACGUCACUUUGUCUUGUGAAAAUGUGAUAAAUGAUCAUCGUAACUGUAACAGUACAACCUGGUUGUUUGGUGGUUUAAGAAGCAAAACAACAGUAGAGCUGGUUAAUCUUGGACAGAUCAGAUCUAAACCAGACAGACUGAAUGUUACAACAAACUGUUCUCUGGUUAUAAAGAAGGUCACAGAUGAUGAUGUUGGUCGUUACACCUGCAGACAGUUUGACAAAUCAGGACCACAACAAGGUCCAGAUGCUCCGGUUGAUCUAUCUGUUGUAAACAUGACUGAACACAAUCACACUGAUCAGGUGAAUUUAACCUGCUCUGUGAGGACAAAUGAACCAUGUAAACAUUCAGUGAAGUGGCUGAACAGAGGUCAAGAAGUGGACAAAGAAAACAAGGAAUUAAUAACAUCACAGUCUUCCUGCUCUGUUUCUGUCAAGGUUCUGACUUCUCAUUCCAGUUACACAUCAAGAUAUGAACUGUUUAAGUGUCAAGUAACUACAGAGACUAAUGAAGUGAAGCUUUUUACCUUCAGCCGUCGUCCAUCAGGUGAAGACACAAAACCAUCAACAUCAGCUCCAAAUGAAUCAGAACAUUCAGCUGAGAACAACAGAAGAUCUGAUGUAACAACAAAAGAGUCUACAAGCAAAAGCACCUCAACAAAAUUACGAGGUGAGGACAGAAAACCAACAACAUCAGCUCCAACUGAAUCAGAACAUUCAACUGAGAACAACAGAAGAACUGAUGUAACAACAACAGAGACUGAAACCAAGGACACCUCAACAAUUACGACAUAUGUGUUGUACAUCAUUGUCGCUCUGGUUUUAGUCGUCCUCUUAAUAAUCGUUGUGAAAGUCGUCAGAUGGAAGAGAAGUAAAGGGAACAACACACAAGUCAAUGAUACUGCCCUGACAUCAAACCCUGCAGAGACCGAGUCUGCACCAGGAACCAGUCAGGACAUGGCUGAUCCUGAAGAUGGUGUUUCCUACGCCUCCAUCAGCUUCACCAAGAACACCAACAGUAGAGACAAAGUUCAACGUAGAAUUGAUGAUGAUGAAGGUGAUGCAGUGACCUACAGCACAGUGAACGUUCCCUCAGCUGAUCCCAACAACCUCUACGCAACCAUCAACAAACCAAACAAAUAAGAGACACAUGUCACAGAUCAUCACUUCAUUUGGUGUUGGUUACGUGAUGGAUGUGGACGACACUGAUCAGCCACAACAUUAUGACCACUGAUAGGGGAAGUAAAUACCAUUAACCAUCUAGUGACAAUUCACUGUUCUGGUGGGAAACUUUCAGACCUGGUAUUCAUUUAUGUGGAUGUUACUGAUUCACAAACAAUUCACAAUUUUGAAUUACCGUAACUCAUAGUGGUUUGCACUAUUGAUAAUAUUCAUAGUGUGGCAGAACACUGGGAAGUUGUGCUUUUGUCUGGAAGACCUUCAUGACAUCUCAAAAGGUGUAACUAACUUAAUUUUUACCAACGAUUUCCUCCAAACAACUCUCUCUUCCUGGGUCUCCCUGAUCUUGCAUCGUUCCCCCAGGGGGUGAGAAGGUACAACUUCCCAGUGUUCAGCCACACUUUGAAUUUAGUCCAUCAGUUAGUUUCAGUAAUUCAAAUAUCGCAAGCUUUCUUUGAUGUGCAGAUGGGUGUUCAGGUCUUAACGGGUUAAAGGCCCCACCACUAACAACAUCCUGUUACCAAACACCGCAGGAAACCCUCAGUCCAGUCUCUGAUGAGUCACAACUUUAUUGAAGGCACAAAGGAGACCUACACAAUAUUAGGAAGGUGGUCAUAAUGUUAUGCCUGAUCAGUGUAUAAGUGAAAGUUUUCUGCUUUAAUUUAAGGUAUUUAGAUCUAAAUUGCAGCAAAAGUUUGGGAAUUACUACUCUCUCAUAUGUAGCUCACUUUUUUUUCUAAAGUGUAGUUUGCAUGUUCUCCCCGUCUCUGGGUUUUCUCUGGGUUCUGGCCACCUCCAAAGACAUGUUCGUUAGGUUAAUUGGUGGCUUUAAAUUGACCCUGUGUGAGUGUUAAUGGUUGUUUGUCUCUUGUUAAUCGUGAUAUAAACUGGCAACCCGUCCAGGGUGGACCCCACCUCUCGCCCAAGACAGCUGGGAUAGGCUCCAGCAACCCUAGUGACCCUAUUGAGGAUAAGUGGUAGAAGAUGAGAUGAAAAGUAACCAGACUCAAAAAGAUGUUUCAGGGACACGUGUGGGAUAGUCCUCAUCAAUGUUUUAGGUAAACUAGUUUGGGGUUUGAUUUUAAGUGUGACAUUUGAAGAACAGUCUACUGAAGGUAGAUAUACCAUCAUACCAGUCUAUAGACUCCAUAAAAUCAAAUAGGCUCACCAGAAGAUGCAAAAAUAUUCUUAAACCUCCAAAAUAAAAAAAAUAAAUAAAAAAACAAGAGAAAAACACCUAGAAAAUUGUCGUGUGUGAGAAUGACAAGGACUUAAGAGUUUGGAGAAGACUUAGAUCCGCUCAUGAUAGAAAGAAUAUAACAUCAACUGUAAAAGCAGGUGGAGACAGAGUGACGCAUGCAUGUGGAUGUCGUCCAGUUACAUUUGAGCCUCUGAUAAUAGAGGACUGUUUAUUAAAAUAGUUGUAAUUCCUACACCUCUCCUUUACUUUGGAUGUGAACAUCUAAGAAUCUGCACUUUGAGAUCAGUUAUUACUGCAGCUUGAAUGUGUUUUGAUGAACAGCCAAUAUUUAAAAAAGUUAAAUGUUCAAAUGUUCAAAUUUACAUCUAAGACCUGUGUGAUGAGACAUUAUUGGUGCAAACAUCAUUUCUGUCCAGAAGGUGGUGCAGUAGCUUAAGUAUAGCAACAAAAAGAAAAGGAUGAGUAGAUCUAGAGGCAGUUUAAUAUGUAAAUAGUCUUAAUCAUAAGCACCAGAAUGUUGAUAUGUAGCCAUGUUAUGAUCUGUUGUCAUUACUUUUUUAUGUUAGUAAGUUUCAAGAUUAUGUCAUAUAUAAGGAGCCUAUAGUCACCUCCAUGAACUGUAAUGGUUUAGUUGUGCCAAGACUGAAGGAGGAGUUUGCUAAUGUUUGGUUUAUUAUAGUUGUAUCUUUUAUUCGUGUAUAAAUCCUAUUUUACCUGCUGACUUAGGGUCAGGGUUAGGGUUAGGUAUAUAAGAAAAUGUUGAGGGUUAGGGUUAGGUUUGGAAAAAAGAUCUGGCACAUUCCUUGGAGGCCCGAGAAUUUAUGAUCCAUCCUCCCAGUCACCAAACUGAAGACAAGGUCCUCGUCUCUUGUAUCAGACAGUAGUCCAUUCAUAGUUGGAUCCCACUGUUGGUUGAUCCUAUUUUUUCCGUUACUUAUUUUGUAUUUUCUUGUGAUUUUUUGUUGGGGUUUUUUUUCUGUUUUUUUUUUCAUGUGUUUAGUUUUUAAAGAAUGUAUUUGAAAAAAAAAAAAAUUAAUGAACUAAGGAAGUUACCUUUCAAAAUAAGUUUUAGGGUAUUAAAAUCUUAGCCACUCAAUAGUGCUCCUCCAAGAUGAAAAAUGAAAUUAUUUUUAUGAAAAUAAAAUCAAAGAAAAUGGUGCUUUAAAAUAUAUAUAGUGCUAAAAAAAACUCAAAAAACAAAAGUUUUUUGACACGUUAGUGGCUAAUUGAAGAAAUAAAAAUGCCUUACAUCGACAUUAGGGUUUGGGCUAGCCCUAGGGUUAGUCCUAACUCUCUUUCUUGGGGGUUUCAUUAUUUUAACAGUAACUUAGUGUAAAUGUGUAAACAUAUUCUACAAACAUGUAUUAUUGUUAGUGUCAUAAUGUUGCAUCUGGACCUCUUGCUAUACUUUGGUAUUUGCUUAUACUGCACUGUUGGGGGCGCUGUACAUCUAUUUUGGCCACCAGUGUAGGCAUUGCCCUUCUUUCCAGUAUAAUCAUGGUAUUCAUUCAUCUUUUUCAUCUUUCAUUUGUAUCCUUACAUAAAUAUCGUUGGCUUUAAACUGCUCAGUGUGAACGAAUUGACACUGUAGACACACAGUGGAGUGGUCGUAACAAAAUCCACAUAAAGGGAAUGCUCUCACUCCAUCUUACUGUUCUGCUUAUGUGACAUUUUACACAUUGUGAUGGUCAUUUUAUAUUGUAUUGCAACUCAUUUGCAAACUUCUUAUGUUUGGAUUCACAUAUAAAACAGUGUUUGUUCCAGUUUUAUGUUGUUCUAAUAAAGCCAGUCUCAUGA